CCGUUUCUGUCCAAUCCCCUUCUCCCGCUGCAGCAGCUCCCGGAAUCCCGCCUUCCUCCUCUGGCGGCCCGGCGGCCUUCGCACCACCUACCCACCACGACCCUCCCUCCGGUUCCUUUCCUCCCGAGACCCGGCCGGCUUCAUCCCACCCCGGCCGGUUACAUCGCGCCGCCGCCUCACUAGACGAAUCUGAAUAGACAUAAUCCUGGAUGGCAAAGCGAAGAAGAAGUUCAAAGGAUAAACCGAAUGGAGCAAUGGUCAAAAGAAAGAGACCGGGUUCUCAGUUGGGCGACUUACCCAUGGAUAUAUUGUGCCACAUCAUAUCAUUGUUACUGUUAAAAGAGGCUGUGAGGACAGGCAUUUUAUCCAAACACUGGAGAUAUGUUUGGUGUAGCCGAACAAACUUGGAGUUUUCUUUUAGAUCAGUGAUGCGAAGGAGUUAUAAAGGAGGACCUUUUAUUCUCCAUCCUAUACAAGAGGUUAUUAAGAGAAUUGAUGCAGUCUUAAAACAACACUCUGGAGUAGGGGUCGAGAAAAUGGAAGUUGAUUUUUCGCUAAAUGAUGAACAUGCUAAUCACAUUGAUAGAUGGCUCAACUUUGCUAUUACAGCAAAGACAAAGCAGCUAAUUCUUAAUUUUACAUCUGUGCAUCCUACAAUGGAACCGUACAAGUUCCCUUUUCAGCUUUUCGAUGCCACCAAGAGUUCCAUCUUCCAGUCGUUGACACUUGGUUCUGUUUCUCUAAAUAAGCCUGCAAACUUCAAAGCUUUUUUAAACCUUAAAAAGCUUAUGUUAAUCUAUGUAAAUAUUACUGAUGAAGAACUUCAACUUCUGCUGUCCAACUGCAAAGUUUUGGAGUUUCUUGGAGUUGCUCGUUGUCGAAUGCUCACAACCAUUAAGACACCUCAACUUUCAGACCACUUUAAGCAUUUGUGUGUCUUUCACUGCCCCUUGGUUCAAGAGAUAAAUUUGAAUUAUGGCUUGACAACACUUGAAUAUAAAUAUGAAGGUCCAUCAAUACCGAUAGCACCUCCUGUAACUUUGACAAACUUAAGCAUAGAGUCAUCAGAUGUUUGCUCAGCUCUUGCAUAUAUCUCCACUGAAUUGCCCAGUACGGUGCGUCGACUGGAGAUGCUGUCUCUAAAAUGUGAAGAACUUGAGGUUUGAGCUAAAUUUCGUCUUUCAGAUUUCUUUUUUUGACGGAACCUCGUCAGAGGGCGGGGAGCUCCCGCAUUGCAUAUAGAAGAAGAGAGUUGGUCCGGUUAAUAAGGGAAACUGGACCCAAAAACCAUACAUGGCAUCGGUUAAUUAAGGGAAACCGGCGAAGAGCUAGUCCGGUGUGUGUGGUCUUUCAGAUUUCCAAUAUUUAUAUGCAUCCCUAUUUUUGGACUGGAUUUAUUUUGUAAUUUCCAUUUUGUGUCUGUGCUAGAGAGCUAUUUUACCGGAGAAACCUCUCAAAUUUAUCCAUCUAAGGCACCUGAGAUUGGAAAUAACCUUUUUAUCCCUGACGAAAAGGAAGUCCGAUGUCCUUGAUUUUGCCUCCCUCUUGGAGGCUGCUCCUUUAAUGGAA